AUGAUGGGAGAAAUGAUGGAAGACUUGGAGGAGGGCUACGAGUGGUCCUCGAGUGGCGACAGUAGCAGCAGCGGGAGCAGUAGUAGCGAGAGCAGCAGCACGGAAGAAGCUGAAGAAGGAGUGGCCGCCCCUAGCCCCCGUCCUCGGACGCCGGGCUACGGAUGUUCACCGAGCCCCCGGCAGACAAGUCACCCCUCGCCCGCCGUAUUGGCGUGGGCGAGUAAGGUGGUCGCCGAGGGUGGCGCCCCGGCGGGAGAGGAGGAGGCGGACGCCGCACCAAGGCGCGGGGGAUUGGCAAGUCUCCUUGCCCCUACCGCACUCCCGGCCGAAGACGAGCCCGCCGCUCCCACACCGGGAGUGACGGCCGGCGAUGACGCCGUCAUCGAGAUGGCCGCCGGCACCCCGGAGGGUGCCGCAUGUCCCCCGCCGCCCGCCGACGGCCGCCGAGGGGUGCCGCCGUCACCGCCGCCGCGGCGAACCACGAGCGAGGGAGAGGUGACGGUCGACCCGGGGGCACGGACGGCGGCCUCGUCGGAAGGCGAGGAGACGGAGGGGAGGCAGCGGCGCCGUCGCCGGGAGUGCCGCCAAGGAAGGUCAGCGGGGGAGGCUGCCGCGGCGAGCGCUGCCGAGGAGGCCCGCCUCACCGAAGGGAAGAGGCGGAAGGCUCUGAAGGCACGUUACCGCCGGGAGCGGGUAAGGGCGAGAGCGAUGACCACCGCGGCGGCGGCAGUGGCGCCGCCAUCAUCAACGCCGCCGGCGCGGUCCUCCGCUCCUGCGCUCCCGGCCGCCGCGAGAGCGCCGCCGGCGCGGUCAUCCGCUCCUGCGCUCCCGGCCGCCGUGAGAGCGCCGCCGGCCGAGCAUGCCGACACCGCCGCCGCCCGAUGGGGGCCCGGCGGACGUCCGGAGCGGCGCCUCUUUGGAGGUGCCCCACUCCAGGCGGGGGCCGUGGGGUCAGGUCGAUGGGCCUGGUGCGUGGCCUGCGACCGCCCCACGCUGCACGCACGUGCCCACGACGCGGAAUUACACACGCGUCGUGGGCCGGUGGUGCGAUGCCCUGUCGGCGGAUGCAAGUUUUCCUGCCCGGCGAUCGUGGAGCACCGGCUGGCGAGGCAUCUCCGCGACCGCCCCCACAAACUGCGGGGCGACUAUCGGCGGGACCGCUGGGAGCGUACAUCCGGGGGAGAGAACCCGUCAUUUCGGGCGCUCUCCGUCGGGUACCUGCGCGGUCCCGCUGACGCGCCGGCCUCGACCAGGACGCCGACGACGACCCCCGCGACGGCCGCUCAUCGCCCUGCGUCCGAGCGCCCGGCGGUCCGGCCUUGCUCGGUCGUCGUCGAGCGGGCCCCGCCAUCCCGACGCCCGGCGCAGAGACCGAGCGGCAGCGAGAGAGGCGGCGAUCAGCCCGUGGUGGCGAUCCACCAUCCCGCCGACCACCCCGCGGCUCCGGCGACGACCCCCGCGGCUCCGGCGACGACCCCCGCGGCUCGGACGGCGACCCCCGCGGCUCCGGCGACGACCCCCGCGGCUCGGACGGGUGUGCGCCGGCGACGAGAUAGUGUGCCGGGAGGUGUGCGUGGUUAG